AGUGGAGGAGGCUCAGGACCCCGCAGGCCCGGCGGUGGGCGCUGUUCCGGAGGAGAGAGCGAGAUGUCCGCAGGUCGGCGGCGUUCUGCCAUGGAGGCCAGGCGGGCGGAGCUCCGCGCGCUGGAAGCCGAAGUCUCGGCUCUGAGGCGGAUGUGUGGGGAGCUGCCGGCGCCCUCGGGAGACGCCCUCCGAGCCAGGCAAACGUUCUAUCUGCUACACCAGACACAAUCUGAGAGAUUGGAAUCUUCAAAGGAUCUGAGAAAUCAUCUUGAACAGUUAGAAUCAGAACUUUCAUUUCUAAGUACACUUACUGGCAUCAACAUAAGAAAAUAUUCAAAGAAGACAGAGGAGAUAACAAAUACCAACAUGACAGAAGAGUGCGUAAAGAAAGUUCUACAGAGACACAGAUUAUGUGGACAAUGCCAAAUGAUUACUUUUGAACUUGAAUUUCAGGUUCUGGAAAUACAGAAUAAAGACAAUUUCUCUUCUGUUAUUAUUGACCUCAACAUAAUAUUGGAACCCACUGAAUACCCAGAAUUAAGUGAGUUUGUGUCUAGGACAGAAGAAAGCAGAGAUCUUUUCUUAUUCUUCCAAAGCCUACGCUUUUUUAUAGAGUGGUGUGAAUAUCGUAAGCGCACAUUAAAACAUUUCAAGGAAAAGUACCCAGAGACUGUGCAUCUCCCUGAAGGGGCCUCCUCCACCUACAUGGUGUUCCGUAGCUCCUGCCAGCCUGGGUUUGAAUUCUUCGUUGUCUGGACAAUACAAAUAAAUAAAGAUGGGAAAGUAUGGCCAAAGCUGGAUCUUCUCACCAAAGUACCAAAGCAAGCCCUGCAGCUAGACAAGAAGAGAAUCAUAGAAUUGGCUCCUCUCAGCUUCCGGAGCUUGCUGGGCAUGCUGGGCAUCGAGGCUGCGCUGGAGUGCCUGGUCACAGCACUCAGCCCCUUGGGGGAUGCUUAG